GCGCGAUGUACGUUACGUGUUUCGCGGAAUUUCCCAGAAUGCAUUGCUAUAUUAUUGCUCAACAAUCAAAAUGGCGGAUUGGGAUUCGGAAGAUUUUGACCCAGACCAAGGCUUUGCCAAGCCGGUAGCGAGCGACAGAUGGGAAGGCGAAGACGAAGAGGAAGUCAAGGGUACCUGGGAUGAAUCAGAUGAGGAAAAGAAAGAGGAGGACAAGCCACAAGAAGUAGUUAAAGCAAUUCAGGUGAAGAAAAAGAAGAGUUUAGAAGCAACGUUGAAAGCCAAAGAAGAAAAGAGGAAAAAACAGUUGGAAGAGAAGAAACAGAAAGAGCAGGAACAGGUAGAGUUAAGUCAAGAAGAGAUUCUCGCCGAGAAACUGAGGCAGCAGAAACUCCAAGAAGAUUCAGAUCUAGAGCUGGCGAAAGAGGCAUUCGGUGUAACGGAUGACAUUAAAGGCAGGAUAGACGCCAUGCAGCCCCAGACGGCGGAGGAGUUUGAGGAAUUCGCCAAGCUCUUGAAGGAGAAGCUCCAGCAAUUAGAGAAAUCACAGCACUAUGUAGAUAUGCUCGACAAUGUGUUUCAAGGAUGCAGCUUAAGUUUGGAAGCAGAUCAAGUCAAAAGACUAGGAGCAAAUUUAACCGCGAUAUCUAACGAGAAAGCAAAAGCACUGAAGGCUUCCAAAUCAAAGAAGAAAGGUAAAAAGGCGGCGUUAGCGGGUAGCGGGAAGGCCGGCAAAGGUCUGGAUGACUAUGAGGACGCUGGCUAUGACGACAUGGAUGAUUUCAUUUGAUGCUUACAAUCGAGGUAUUUCUCUCACUGAGAACAUACGGCAAUAUAGAUCUAUUAUGUAAAGUUGACUUGUAUUUUGGUUUUUCUAAAAUAUAAAAAUGAGAAGCUGAGUAAAAAUCGGUUAUCAUAGUGCUGCGCUGCAAACAAACAAACAAACAAACAAACCAAGUCGGGAUGAGGUUCUUGAGAUAGUCGGGAGUACAGUGUAGAGAGGCUAUGUGUACAUGUAUGUCCAUUUCGGAGAUAUUGUUGGUUUGUCGCAGGCACCGUUGAGCCCAGAGUGCCCGCGGAAAGUUCCCUGUCUCCGCAGUUAGAGUUUGAACAAACUAUAACAAAUUCGUACUCCGACUUUACUUUGCUUUUCUACAGACAUGUACGUAAACCCUCUUAAAGGUUUGUGAAAUGUGUAAUUCAGGAACAUUAUAGGGCAAGUUGGAGCGUCAACUCUAGUUACCCUGGGGUUGACCACUGUGAGUGGACGGUUGGACUGACGUACAUGUAAGCACUGGUAGGUCACCAGUUGCCACUAGACACUGGGGCACGGUUGAAUCAGUGGAUUUCAGAAUCCUUGUUCAUCUUUUCAAGUGCAUGCACAGAGAGAACCGUGAAGAUGUUUUGAGUGCAUUAACUGAUUCGACAAAGGUCUGCAGAAGUGGACUUCCUUGCACAUGCGCAUUGGGACGAAGAAAGCGAUUGACCAGUGGUGCAACUUUAGUUCGCGCUCUAACUCGCUAGAUUUUUGGGUACAGAAUCGCCGCACAUGUUCGUACAUCCGUAGUUAUGGCAAGUACAUGUAUGUUGCUAGCCAGUGUGUGCAAUAAUCGGCUCUGGACUGGUGGGCUUUCUUAUCAGUAGGUGCGGUAGCACAGUACUUCACCCAUAACCAGAGACCUCCCCGGUAGUGCCAGGAUAUUUGGCGAACUUCAUCACAAAUGUCACUUGUGGGGCGUACGCAAAACACUAUUGCUGAAAAGCCUUUGUAUGUCCUGCUACACGUGCACACGACCCAACCGCAACAAUUACAAAUUUGAAGGAAAAAAAAAAAGCACACCAAAAAUACAACUUUGGAAUCUUUACAAAAGCCCUUUUUCAGCCCAAUGUGAAGUGUGCCCUCCAUGUGGAAAAUGGGUGUGCCGAUGACGAGAAGGCGCCGCAGGAAGGCACGUCAAAAAAUUUGCCGGUGAAAACAACCAAAAAAGUCCCAAAACUCUGCCCGUUGUGUUUCGAACGAGUGCGGAGAGACACUGCGCCCCAGUAACAAGUGGUCAUUGUUUUUAUCUGUCUGUGUCAUUCGAAUCGCUUGUUGGCAAUCCGGAAUUUUGCGUGUUUCCCGUCUCGGCCAGCCACAGUGACCGUUCAAGUUUAUUUUAUUUUGAGAACAACUUCUCUUUCCUUAAAAUGGGGACAAAGCAAUCACAGCGAGAACAAGCUGCCACUUAAGGUAGCUUGUUCUCCCCCCUGUAUGUAAGUAAUGUACUGAUUUCCCCCCCCCCUCUAUAAGGACUUAUAAGGGGGGGGGAAAUCAGUACAUUUAGCUCAAAAAUUUAAAUAAUAGUCGUGGACUUGUUGGCAUAAAUCAUUCGCCAUUUUGUAUAAGUAGGCUUGCUAUCAGCCUGUAAUAUAAAUGAAACAAAACAGUGCUUAAUUGUACAUAAAACUCACAUGUCAAGAUCGGUAAUUGAAAUAUCUCAAAUACGUGAAGCAUGUACACUUUUAUUGUGAGUUGAAAACUGGAAUAUACAUGUAAAUUUUCCAUUGUGUCUAUGACAUCUCCUCGUGGCGUACACACAGGCUACCUCAAGGUCUCAGAAAGCAAGUUCAUGCAAUGUUUGGGAAUUACCCGGGCAUACAUUUGCAUAACUCAUCAGUUAAUAGUCAAGGGUAGACAGUCCAGUAAACUCAGGCCAUUGUUGCUGUUAGGUUUCCUGGAACAGCUCUUCGUGUCUUGCGUUUAGUUUUCUCUGUCGUAAGCCGUAUCAUUUCUAGUUUAUACAAAAGUGCAUCCUAAUUGCCGCUUGCCACUUAUCCAGUUGCUCUUUAGAAUUGAAGUGGUGUAAAGUUUGGGGGUUUUACCUGCCUAUUUUGUUGAAAGAUGCCACAGUCUUGUUCAAUCUACAGUAGUGCACAUCACUUUUAUUUAACCCUGCUUUUGCUGCACCAGUCAUAGACAGUCAAAAAUGCCUUCCACUUGUCCCUCUAGAGUACAGGGACAUACAUGUAUCAUAAUGUCAUUGACUGAUGUCGACGGAUAGGAUAACUGUGUCAAGAAUGCAUCUUUGCAUAGGAGGAUAAUGGUUUGCUUUUGUGUUUACUCCCUAGUUAUUAUUGCAAACUAAGGCAACUAGAAAUGCCAGGACCUGAACUGUUCUUGUUCAUUUGUUGCUUGAUGGUCGACAGUUGUCAUCAUUCUUGUCUUUAGUAUCCUGUAUUUGUGUAGGUUGAACACAGAUGCAAUGGUGUGUCUGGCUGUCACUGCACAUGUAUAUCGGAGCAACGUUCAACAUGUUCAAUUCUGAAACUUACUGACGCAAUUUCUGUGGAAAAGCCACUUUGAAAAAAAAAAAACAAUUUGUACUGCCAUUUAAAGUUUCUUACUGUACAUGUAUUCUCCUACUUGUUUGGUAAGAGUCAACUGGUCUCAUGAUCUCCCCAAAAACCGCACCAAAUAUUUCACCCGUCAAAUGCUGGUACUACGGUGGAUGUUGACGUGUCUGUGCUGAAGCAAAGAUUGCAUGGUGCUUUUCUCCCACAUUAAGUGCACUUUACCGUUGUCUAACAUGUGCUUGCCUGCUGACAGUGUGGCUAUUGUGAAUGGGGGCGGGGCCAUACCCCCUCUUUUCUGAGGAGGAUAAUAAAAGGAAUUGUUUUUAAUUUAAAUCAUUUCCCAUCCUUCCAAAUCAUUGAAAAUGACCCAAAAUGUACAAAUAGCUUCAAACGUAAGUGUUACCCUCAGAAGGGCCAUAAAAUUAAUAUCCAACAAAUCUGAAACCACCCUCCCUCCCCAUUUUGGCCCCCAAAACUUUUGUUCUCGUCCACCCUCAAUCCCUACCGAACUCCGUCAGCAAGCAAUUCCGUCUGUUUUUAGUGGUGGUUGGUCGAUUUGUGUCAUGGGGGUGGCAAGUUGAAACAGCACAAUUUGAGCGGUCCAUCGUUUGGAGAAUAUUUGAUCAUGUCCAAGUAAUAAAGUUAUGUGUAACAACAACUUGUGGUACGUAUGCAAGUCAUCCGUUUUUGCAUCAUGUAAUGUUGGUUUAACCUUAAAAGGGUCAGGGGCGGAAUCCGCUUCCCCCCCUACAUUUUCCGAUAUCGCCGCAGUGUUUUCUUCAGGAACUGAGCCUUCAGGGGUGCGUUGGAGCGAGCUACUCGCGUGAUUACACGAGUCUACUCCUGACCGCUCGAACGGCUGGAGUACGACCCGAGGGUUGGCGAGAGUAUACUCUCGCUAUAGGGGAAGGGUAUACUCCUGUAUAACCCUAUAUGCUCCCGAGUGUAAUGCGCACGCGUCCUACUCGUGUUAACAGGAGUAACCGCGCAAACGCACCCUAGGAGUAGAGUAUUUUGUAUGAACAAGGCCAAUUUUUCCGAGACGUGACAGCCAAAUAUAUCACAUGCGCUUUUUUCCACUGCCGUGCUCAAUGCACGCGGCUGGCUCGUGUGUAGCAUUGAACUUUGAAUGGUCAUAACAAAAAAAAAACAUACGCCUGAUUGGUUUCAAACGUCAUAAAGAGUAUUUUUAUAGUCAUAAAAUUCCCCCCCCCAAAAAAAAAUCGAGUUUGGCAAGGCCGAGUUCUUAAGGGGACGGAAUCCCUCUCCCUGGCUGUGAGAUGGGCCAAAAUUGCCCGGCUCAUUGAGGGUUUUAAGUUCUCUUUGAAAAUGAAUACAAACAUUGUGAGAUUCAGUAAUUUAUAUACAAAUAUCGUGUACUGUAUAUUUAGUCUAAUGAUGUCAUAGACUUUUUUGAUGUCUAUGAAUGGGGCACGUGGCAUUAACAAAGUAGUAAUCAACAGAGGGCGGCAAGUGAGCUGCAUCCGAGCUGCACUGUUAAUUGACGAUACUCAGUCCGGGGACACGCUGGCAGUAGUUGGAGCCGUAGCUCAUUUCGGACAUGGCCUCGGCUUUGUCUCCAUCUUCGUCCUCAGUCUUCAGUAAAGUCCCAGAGUUGAACCGUGAAGCCAAGCAGCAGUAGGAAUAUCAAUUGUAGGCUGAUGGAACCUUGAGGCAACGACUUGGUAAAAGCCCAGGGCUAAUGAACGGCGCAUCACUGGGUCAUGAUGUACCCUGCUCACUAACAUUAAGAUAUGUUUUUUUUAUCAGGGAAACUUGGUUUAGCUCGUAGAUAGGAAUGGAUUUGAGAUGGACUGAACCUCAGUGGUCCAUUAUUUAAAACGGCGUUUCUCAUAUUCCUCUAUAAAGAAGGCUGACAGGAACCAGACUACUGCACAUGAGAGCAUGGUACCUCGUGUCGCCUUAGAUUCAUGAGCUGUGAAAGCACUUCUCGGGACCCACUUGGCUUUGUUUCCCAUGGGUCAUUUGUGCUCCAAGACGAAAGCCAAUCUCAUGCCUAUCUUGUUGACCAUAGGAAAGUGGCACGUAGAUCUAUGGGUAAAUGUAAGUCUGUGGGCGCAUGUGCAGUUAUUUGGCCGAAAAUGUCUGCCACAUUCCCAUAAGGGCUUAACAGACCGAAUUGUGUUUUCUACGGUGGUUGUAUGGAGAGAGUGGUCACCUGUUUUUUGUUUUUUUUCCGAAAUGGCCCCAUGCUUAAAGGGACCUACAGAUCUAGACCGUUGUUUGUUGUCGGUAAAUAUGUCAUGUGGACACUGCUUAAGAUGUUACUUUACUCUUGACUUUACUCUUAAAAUUGCCUUUUGAUUUUCCAUUAAAAUGAGUGAAUUUGAGCAGAUAUGUA